AUGAGAAAACACGCCGCCCCGUCAUCACCGACCCUCCAAAGCGUGAUGCCCUCCCUGCCCCCGACCCCCGACCGCGUAUCUGAAGAAUCCAAGCCCCUCGUCAACAGAGGCAUGACCAUCGCCGCCUUUGACGGCUCCUUUGCGCCGCUCGUGCGCCCAACCGUCCGCCGCAAGACACCGUGGUACAAAGACAGGGACUACUUCCUAGCCGGCUGGCUGAGCCCGGCCAUCUGGAAGGCCGCCGUCGUCGAGGCCAUCGCCACCUCGUGCCUGUCAUAUGUAUCCCUCCUCGCCGUCUCUACGCUCGUCAGCUACAACACGCCCCGUAUAGGCGGCUACAUCGGCAUAUUCAACACCGUCCUCCUCACCAUCUUCAUAUAUGCCACUAGUCCCGCGUCUGGCGGCCACAUCAACCCCAUGAUUACCUUUUCGGCCAUUCUGGCGGGGAUAUGCCCCCUUCCACGAGGCGUCUUGUACAUCUGCGGCCAAUUGCUCGGCGCAUCGCUGGCCGGCGGCAUACUGACCGGCGUCUGGGGGGAAGAGAAAGCAGCCAUCAUCCACGGCGGAGGGUGUUUCUUCACCCCUUCCGUGACCUCGGCCGGCCAGGUCUUCCUCAACGAGGUCGCCGCCUCCUUUGCCAUCCUGUACCUCUCGUACGGCGUGGGCCUGGACCCCCGACAGGCCGUCCUUUUCGGACCCCGGCUGGGGCCCUUGCUUGUCGGUGCUUCGCUGGGACUCGUUUCGUUUGCGAGCAGCGGCAUUGCCGACGGCUACGGAGGCGCCCAGGCGAACCCUGCGCGGUGUUUUGCCGCCGCCAUUGCGAGGAAGGACAUGUCUUACCAAUGGAUAUGGUGGUUUGGUCCAGCUGUCGCAGGUGUCCUGUUGGCUGUCUUCUACAACACCAUUCCACCUCAUCAUACUGAUGAUCAGCAACAAAAGGAGCGUCAGCACGAAUCUAAUGUAUAA